CAGCCCCAGCAGACCUCAUUUCAAAGGGAGAGAAACUCGAGUUCAGACGUGUGGAGAGAGGUCACUACAGAGGAGCAGCCAGCCAGAAAAUACAAGUGAGAGGAUGGGUGCUGCUGGAGUUCAAAUAGUUGCUGUUGCCCUCACCAUCGUGGGGCUGGUGGCAGCCAUCAUCUGCUGUGCACUGCCCAGGUGGAAGGAGAGCUCAUUUUCAGGAGACAACAUUGUGACAGCCCAGGUGACGCAAGAGGGCCUUUGGAUGUCCUGUGUGGUCCAGAGCACAGGGCAGAUGCAGUGCAAGAUGUACGACUCCAUGUUGGUGUUGGCCAGAGACCUGCAGGCUGCCCGAGCCAUGGUCAUCAUCAGCUGUGUCCUGUCCAUUCUGGGCCUCCUCGUCACCUUUGCAGGCUCAGACUUCACCACCUGUGUAGAAGAGGGUCCUGCUAAAGGGAAAAUCGUCCUGGUCUCCGGAAUCAUGAUCAUUGUGUCAGGCCUCAUGCUCAUGGUGCCAGUUAGCUGGUCUGCCAACACAGUCAUCAGUGCCUUUUAUGAUCCCAACAACCCCCGCAAAAUGGAGCUGGGACCCUGCAUCUUCCUGGGUUGGGCAGCCAGUGUGCUCUUCAUUAUUGCCGGAGGACUUCUUUGCUUCUUUCGGCCCAGAGAAAGCAACAGCAACUACUCUGCCAAGUAUUACUCCGGGCAGCAGCCUGCAUCAGCACCUACGAAAAACUACGUAUAGGGGGCAACUCUGCCCUCCUGCCAGCCUCCCCAGAGCUGAAGUGUCAUCAGGGGACUCUGCUAGGCAUUUCAUGCCAAAAAGGGGUAAACAGGAACUCCAUCUGCUCUGCAUGUGGACGGCUGCCCCAGUCUGGUGACCACUCAAUUCCUGCUGCAUCUGUGUAUUUGCUUUGUGCUAUUUUUUGUGAUAAAUCUGUAACAAGAAUAAAACUCUGAUGCCUCCUUA